UUUACGUGCUCGUGCCCGCCGCCAGAGGAAAAUGGCGAGUCUGUGCAAAAGGCAGCAAUGCACAAUCGACAGGCGCGGCUUUCGACAGGAACUUGACUCUUGGCGACACAAACUCCUUCACUGUGUAGGUUUUGAGAGCAUCGUUGAAGGUCUGAUUGGUCCAAAGCUGGUGGAAGACCUAAAAGUAUUUAAGGACGUUGAGCCUGUUGCUGUGUCUGACUGGUCGUUUGAUGAAAACUGUCAGUUCUGCUGUUUGAGGAGAGAUAAAGUCAAAGAACACCUAUUGGGCUUCAACAAGGAGCAUCCUGAAGACGCACCUAAACCUCUCCUAGUUAAGGAUCAGAUCAGAAUCAUCAGACUAGAGAAGAAAGCUGAGGAGUUUCUCAAUGCAAUUCUCUGCAGAAAAGAUGUGCCAAAUUUCUCAGACCCACACAUUCCGGUAGUGGCUCGAGAGAUUCUUCAGAGAAUGAUCAGCCAGUUCGCAGCCGAAUAUACCUCAAAAACCAGCUCCCCUCAGGCCAGUCGCUCAGACUCUCCGCCUCACUCUGACCAAAGCCGGCCGGCCCCACUCCACCAUUUAGGGACUCCUUCAGUCAGCCCCGCUGACAGCCUGUCUGGACCAGCACAGAACCAGAACCCAGUGCUGAGCCAGCUACUCAUGGCCGCUCAGGAUGCUCCCUUAGACCUCACCAUCAAGAAGCCCGCUGCAGAGCCCCACCAACAAGACGGAGUUCUUGACUUAUCUAUCAAAAAGAAUCGGAAUAGCAGCAGCAGUAUAUCUGCCAACAGUCUCUGCCUUUCUCCAGCUGUGUCCACGCUGAAGUGCGAGUCUCCAGACUACCGUGCUGCGAAAGCAAAAGACCUGCAGUCCACCUCCACAUUGGAACAGUUCAUGGCAAAACUGUGUCCCCAACACCAGAGACGGAUAGUGGACGCAAUAGGUUUUCUUCAAACGGAAGUCAAGGCUCAUGCAUCCUCUAAUGUACAGAAAACAUCUGACUCUACCUCUGGCAAUUGGGGCAAAGCUUCACCGAAUGCAAACUCCAGUAGCAUAAACCCAGAGAAAUCACAUCCUGAGCUAAAACUUCGCAGUGAAUCCACUCCUAAAGCCGAAGUCCUGGAGUUCCCCCAUUCGGUUCCAAACAGCUGUGUGCAAAACAAGAUUCCAGAGAAUGCGGUGUCCCUGAAAACAUCUGCUGACCGUGCUUUGGAUGCUUUCAGCCUUGGUUUUGGGAGUGACCAAGCUCUGACCAGUUCCUCCGCCAAUUCAGUGGAUGGGGAGAACAGCCGUCACAGUGAUCAGCCACCCGUCCGGAUGAAGAUCAAAACCAGCAAUGCCGCUGCUGGAAAGAAGCUGUCGUGUGUGCUCGACGCCACUCUUUCUUCCCCCUCCUCUACCCCCGAGAAACGUAGUUCAUCCAAUACAGCUGAGUCACAGCGUGCCAGACUCAGCUCCUCUGUGAAAAGACACAGUCUGAUGAGUGUCACUUCUCAAGCUGGUCAAAAAGAGGUUCUUGGGCACCAAAAAGACAAGCCAGCAAAAGUGUUUCCAACCCACUUCUCCUUUCCCUCAGAUUCUGUUCGAACGGCAAGAAAAAGUGUCAGGGGUUCCUCUGAAAUCCAGAUCAGGGACGACGCUUGCAGGGAAAUAGUUGACCCUGAUAUCGGCAACUGUGACAUUGUUUUUAUUGACAAGCCAAUUACAGAGUGUUUUAAGGAAAAGCGGCGAUGCGUGACUCCACGUCGUAAUGCCAGAAAAAGUAUUAGGAGGCACAUGUAUUCGGAUGACAUCUGGGAGUUAAAAACAGUUCGCACAUUGGCUGGGAGGGGCAACUGUCCAAACCCAAUGCCAGAGCCGACUACGCCCGUCACGCCAAAACAAAUGCUGUCCAAGCCUGAAGGUCUACCACCCGUUGACAUGCCGUUCGCUGGAGCAUGCACAGAGACGAUGAAUCAACAAAUGCCCACGGAGGAGUCAGAGGAGCGUGUCAUUCCUGGAGCUGGAGACGAUGUAGAGGUAGCUGCAAGUAAAGUAGAUGCUAUAGAAGUUGAAAUGAGUCAAACGGAUCAGGGUCAGAGUAAGGCCCAGUCUCGUCCACCAUCUCCACCAAACCUUCUAGCAGAGAGCCAAGAAACUCUUGCAGAUACUUCAGCAGACCAAGAGACCGUUAAAGAUUUAGAGAGAACAAAAGAAAGUGAAGAAAGUGUUGGUCCGCCUCCGCAUGAUUCAACGGAUAACGAGCCAGAGUCUCAGCAGGUUGGACCCGACAAUACAGAGCAAGAAGUUACAGAAACACAAGUAGAACCAGUAGAAAGUCUCGCCACAGAGGAAGCUGAGGACCAGCUGUCAUCGGAUAAACCUCUCAACGGUGAGGAGAAUACUCAGCAGAACAGCACUGCUACAGAAAGUCCAGGGGAGAAAGACGUGGAGAAAGAUAAAGAGGACAAAAUGGAAGAUGAACAAAGUUUGGAGGUUCAAGCAGAGACGGAAUUGGAUUCUGAUAAUGUUGAAGUCACAGAAAAGUCAGUUUCCACAAGUAUAACAGAGGAACCGACUUUAAAAGAGGCUGAAACGGAAACAACAGAAGCCAAUAAUGGAGUUGAGCCUGCAGCGAUACAAAAUACUGAAGCUGAUCUUGAUGAACCAACAAAGCCAGUUGACGAGCUGCCAAAGGAGCUGCCACCUUUGUGUAGGAAAAAAGACUCCAUAGCUCAAGUGCCGGAUAUUUCGAAACAGACAGAGCCAGACAGAACCGCUGAUUUUGUCAACGGCAAACCAGUUUCAACCUCAGGCAGGAGUCUGCGACGUAAAGUUGAGAGGAGCCCCACGUUGUCAAGUAAAACUCCAAUAAAACCUUGUCAGGAUGUGCCCGCCUGCAGUGUUUCAGAUCCUGCGCCUUCUUCAACUGUUGAAAACAAAAAACUAGAGAGACCUCCACCGGAGACAAAUGGGCCUUCAGCAUUAGAGACUCCUAUGGUUCAGCAGGUCACAGAACCGUCUACUGAGCCGCCAGUAAGCCCAGCAUCGAAAGAACUUUCAAGGACUAAACAGAGCCCAAAACAAAAGGUUGCUCUGAGAAAUCAGCGGAAGAUGCCUGUGCUCUCUGGUCAGUCCGCUGAUCAGGCUCAAAGUACGGCACCCAAACGCCAGCUUAGAUCAGCCAGUCAAAAGACAGACGCUUCCACUUCAGGUAUCGUCACCUCUGUUUCCUCUCCAAACCCUUCAACUCUCAUUCUUCCACCUGCAGGACAGCUACCUUCCCUACUCCUCCCUUUUCCAUUACCUGUUACCACGUCCUCUGUUAGCAGGCAUCCUGAGCCCUUAAUGUCUGAAGGUUCUCAACAACAGGAAUUUCCAGAGACCGUGCAGUUAAACACUGAAAAUACACAGCCAAUCUCUGCCAUCACUGAAGACACCCAAAAAGACAAACUACUGAGUGAAUCUGACCCGAAACAAACAUUGAGAUCAGGUAAGGGUGCUUCAGAUAACGGUGAAAAUGAGAAACAGGAAGUUAGUACUGAGGAAUCAAAUUCUUUAGGAAAUCCAUCCCCUGUAAAGACCGAAAAUCAAACUGAGUCAGUGACGACAAGACGCAAACGUGGGCUUCGAAAGAACUCUGCUUUGAUCCAAAAGAACAAUGCAGCUCGCUUAGAGGACGGUCUAACAGUUGGAGAUAACACAGAUCCUCCCAUGGCAGAGAAACCCACGAGAAUGCCGUUAAGGAGUGAGACCAGUAAGGUUGAGAUGCCCGACCAGUCCGUUGCUCAGUCACAAGCAGCAGAUAACAAGAAAUUAGCCUUGAGAUCACUAAGAUCUACCCCACUUUCAGCUGACACUCCAAAACCAAAUAACGUCUCCUCACCUGUUCGAAUAAUCCCAGCAAGAAUACCCCGAGCUCAGCUGAAACAUCAGUCAGGGUCUGAUACACCUUUGACCGACAACUCUCAAAUCCCAGUCAUUACCCCAAAACCAGAGCCCCCGAAACAAACCGUCAACAAGUUCUUUCAGGCCCUAACCGGUGAAGAGAACCAACACUUAAUUACAAACUUAAAUACUAAAUAUGACAGGAUGCUAAAGGGUUGGGUACAAAUGGACAAAGAGGGUCAGCCAGCAGCAAAAUACAAAAACAAGUCGGACAGACAGGCAGCUAUAUGGAAGAGUAAACGCAGGGCACGGAAACCAAAGUCUUCAGAGCAGCAGAAGUACUCGCCAGUCCAAAUGCUUUUCAUGAAAGGUUUCAGUCUCACCAGCAUCUGCCGCUGGUUCCUCGAGUCGACAGAAACCAAGUCCCUCGUAAUUGUCAAGAAGGUGAAUACGCGUCUUCCAUCCGAAACUCAGCUGUGCUUCCACAGCUCAUCCGCCAUGUCAGGGCCCUCGCAGGGAGUGUUUCCAAGCCUUCAGGCGGAGCGCUUGAAGAAACAUUUGAAAAAGUUUGCCAUCGCUUCGCCCGUAAAAAGCAAUCCCAAAAGUCAGAAGCUCAUUGCUAAAGCACUCGAACAAGAUGCAAACGCGGUCAAGCUGAAGGAGGGAGCAGAACUUCCCAGCAGUACUCACAAUUUGAGUAAAUACUCUGCUGCCAAAGCCAGUGCCCAAAAAGGUGAAGCUCAAAAACCGCCAGGAAAAUCUAAGAAUCCAGCUAGUGCCAGAAUCCUGAGGAAAUACUCCAAUAUCCGAGGGAAGAUGCAGGGUCAGCAAACCCCAGUUAGAAUGAAAGGGGGCUCGAAAAUGCUUGAAAACAAGAAGGUUAAAUCACUGGCUGCUACUAAAGCAGUUGCCAAGUCAAAUCUCAACCGAUCCUUCAAGGCGAAGAAACCUGCCAUACCCGUUAGCAAAAAAAUCAAAGGGUCUGCAGCAAAAAUGGCAAGGAGAAAGAUUUUGGCUGGGAGGAAGUCAACGAAGCUGUCUGUCCCAAAGAGGGCAGUCAGGGCGCAGGCUGGCAAAGCGUCAAAACAGAAAAGUAAAACAGAUGUACCAAAGAGGUGUUCGCAAAGACUUGGGUCUGCUAAAGCCCCUGAACACCAGCCGGUGGACACGUCAAAGAGCAAGGCCAGCAGAAAACAGAGCGAAGGAGAAAAGGCCGAAUGUGAAGCAAACACAAAAACUCCAACCAAGGAAUCCGCUGAAGGCACAGUUGUGGAAAACAAAAUCAAAGAGGUUGCUGCUGAAACCCCGAAGCAGGAAUUGGAUGCGAAGGCCUCAGGCUCACCUGACCAGGUACAAACCAGGUCCCAGAGAAAAAUGGAGGCAGCGAGCCCUCUGUGUGGGAGUGCCAGCAAUCCUUCAAAGAGGGCCAAAAAGGCGGCACAAGCGGCAUCCUCUAAAGGCACCAGUGAAGCGGAGGAACCCAAGCUGACAAGAAGUGGAGCCUUGAAGAGAAGUCAGGCGCCCUCGCUGCCACGCAGUGGGACUAGGGUCGCCGCCAAGAGAGCUCAGGAAGUCCCAGUGGCCCCUGCAAAGCGCACCAGGACAAAAUAAAACAGACCUUUUGGAGAGAGAUACUUUAUCUAGAAGAAUUUUGUUUAUUUUAUGUUAUUAGGACCAAAAAUAUCUAUUUUAUACUCGCCCCUAAACUCUCUGGACAACUCUCCUUUUCAGAAGGAGCAGGAUUGUGACAUUUGCUCAUGCUUUUGUAAAGCUUGAUGGCGAAAACGCCAACGUGAUGCUGUAAUUCCUGAGCUUUCCUAAACCCCCACCCCCCCUACCCUCCGUCUUUGUUGAGAGACGGCAGAAAAAGUCCUUGCAAGAUGUCUGACGGCUGUAGUUGCUUUAUGGUUCUGCACUCUACGAAAACGGCUGGAGAUAACAAAUGGUUAAAGCUCCAUUUUUAGAAGUUCAGAUCAGCUUACAUGACAUUCACCCUCAUUCCUAUGUUUCUUUGUUUUCACAUGUUUGUAUAUAUUUAUAGUUUUAGAUGAUGGCACGCUCUGCAUUAAUCUUUUGAGGCAGGGAGCUUUGAAUCAAAGUUUCCCUUUCAGUGACUUAGCCGUCUGUAUCUCCAGCCAGUCUUCCACUCACGACAUUGUGAAUAUGUGACGUUGUGAACCAGGUGCCUUAUUUAUGAAAUGUAUUUUAUAUGAAUGUGUCGCUAAAUGUGAAAACUUCUCCUCCCGGAGCUGCAGUUGACGUUAGUCUGCUUCAAGGAGCGAUUGGGACGCGGCGUCUUCUUUCCGCCCGUUCGAACCGCAGGUUCUUCUCACCGGAUAUUGGGACUGUCCCGCCAGGUUUAUUUUUAUUCCUCCUUUCCCCAAAGCAUUAACAUGAAAUUGUAAUUAUAGCUUCAUUAGACGUUAAGAUUUGCAUUAUUCAUUCAAACAACCAUGUCAGGUGUGUUAUGAAAAGUUAGUAUUGUUUUUGUUUGUGUUUAGGUGUCAUUGCCGUGUACCUUUAACACCUCUUCCGUUGCUAAAGCAGACUUUAAACCCCGCCUUUUACUUAAACACCAAAACUUUGAUCGUAGUCCCACAGAGAAAUCCCGUUUGAGAACACUUUAACAUCUCUGAACAAAACAACCCAGGAAAAUGAACUUAAUGUCAUCUUUGUUUUUAGUUCAACAGUAAUUUAUAUCGGAGCCAUGUUAUAGUCUCACUUUCUCUCACUUAGUUUCCAAAUGUGAUGCCUGCUUACUUCUACAGUGACACAAGUUAUUGUUUUGUAAACAGCAACAUUUUAGGACAGUUAUUUUGUUUUUUACCCAUUUUCUUUUUUUUUUUUUUCCUAGGCUCAGUUUUUUAAGAAGGUAAAUCCUUUAUAAAUGCAGAACCAGUGAACUAUGGUUUUUAUUGAUAUUUAAGAACUUCCUGGAGGUCAUUGAGUUUAGAAAACCGAUUGCAGCCCACCAAAUAUCAGACUUGAAUUUGUUUAUUCUUUGCAGUUGCUAUUUAAAUAUUUGGGUUUUGUAUAUUAAAAAGAAAUACCUGCUUUAUUUGUGGUAAUCCCAAGAAUGACACAUCUUUAUGUUGAGAAAUUUGUAUUUUUUCUGGAGUUGAUAUAAAGAUGUUUAAAUUUUAUGCUUUUUUUUGUUCAUUUGUAUCAAUUCUUUUGAAUCAUUUUUGUUGUCGGUGAGAAAAAAAAAGCCCCUCAGCUUUAGAGAAAAAAAAAAUCUUAUAAGUACAAAUAUGGAAAAAAGGAAGCGAGUGUACUGGUCACUGAUUGGUCAACAGGACAUUUGAUUGUAAAUCAAAACUAGAAAGCAGAGUCAGGAUAGAAAACGAAGGCAGCCGAGAGAACAUCGCAAACACACGUAAAGGAUCAUCGUUGUUUUUGAGUGGUUAUUAAUUUAUUGCACCGGUUAAGUUAUCCGAGUUAUUUUCAUCUUUAAAUUAGAUGCAUCGUAAAUUCUUGUUCUACUUUCUCGGUAAGAAUGUGUCUACCCAGAGGAGCAAAUCAGCAAACCAUUGCUUUCACAUUAGAGGGUCCCGCCAUACGGGUGAUGAGGACCGCAGGAAGUUCCCACUGCGGGACAGAUUGGCGAACAGGUGGUCUGUCACUGAUGUCGUGCAGCAACAGAAUGACCAACUUCUUCCUAAAUUCAGUUCGACAACAACAACGCAGCUGAUUUUAUUCACCGAAUGAAGAAGGCCAGACGUAAAGGAGAACGUCUUUGGGCACUUUGCUAAAUGGUUCACCAGGUCUCCACACCUGCAGUUAGCAGCUCACGGGAGUCAAGGCAGCGUCUGCGUCUUGGUCACCAGAUGUCGCUGAUGUCUGGGUAUUAUAUUUGGGUAGCGCCGUAUCAAGUGGGGAAAUAAAGUAUUUGAUCUCA